CCAAGAUGGCGGUGCACGAAGUAGAUGUUUUUAGCUUGACAGAUAUCGGUGAAAUACAGCAAGCGUAUGCACAAAUCCAUCUUCACGAGGUAUGAUAAAACUAAAAAAAAUAAUGGCAACAAACUCUGCUACAAUUUUUUUUCUAAUGUGGGUAUAUUUGAGUUGUAUUUUCAACCAGUCAUGCUCGCUGCUACGUGUCACUGCUAAUGACUGUUGUAAGAGUUACAUUCAGUUAUUUAACUAAUAACUGUAUUUUUUUCUUAUUCACUUAUGAAACGCUGAUUUGUAUAAUCAGUCAAGGAGGAAUCCCAGGGAAUAUUAAAAUAACCACUCCUGUGUACCGAAUUUGUGGGGUACAAACAGUUCACUCCUUUAAAAUCACCUUGUAAACAAACCUUUUACUAUGAGUGAUUCCUGAUGCAAGUCUUUACAAAAAGUAAUUUUCCAACACUCUAUUUGUUUGUUUCGCCGAUUUCAAAAUGUCAAUCAAUUAAAGGAUUGAACUAAUGCAAUGUUAAUAGAGUCACAUUCAGUUAAAAUGAAAUUUGUCACGACAAUGGGCGAUUCCAGAAAAUAUCCAUACCAUACCACGGACGGCUUCUAGGAUUUCCGAAGGGGAGGGGGGGUUCACGAUUAUGGAAUUCUGAGGGCAUGGGGGGGGGGUAUUUACGAUUGGAUAUCCGAAGGUACUGGUGAAUUCCACAGGUGGGAUUUCUCGAGUAGAAAGUGUAGAGUGAGUUCCUUGAAAACGGUAUUGUUGUGGACUUUUGUAGUUCGUAAAUAAUCCACGAACGUAUGACCGCGGAAGCAGAAGACAAGGAUCGAUAGAUCAGACACGUGUUUACGCUCAUAACUUAUACAAGUGAACAGUAAAACGUGGGUUUCACAUUUACCUUGAUGAAUUUCUUGUCACAUGAAUAAAUCUUACCGCUUGCAAAUUUCUUGUUACUCCCGUCCGAUGAACGAUAAAAAACUCGCACCAGUCCCUCGCUUCCAAGGAACGCCUGGAAGCAUUCGGACCGUCGGAGGGCAAUCGGAGGAAGACUCGGGAGAACGAGGUCUGGCCCCGGUUGUUCAAACGUUGGAUAGCGCUAUCCACCGGAUAAAUCACUAUCCAGCGGAUAAGUAUUAUGGAAACCAAUUGCGCUAUCCACUGGAUAGAGAUUUAUCCGGUGGAUAGCGCUAUCCGACGUUUGAACAACCGGGGCCUGGUCUUCGCAAUCUUCUAUCGUUGCCAAGAAAAAACUAGCGAGAGCUAGCGCCCACGACUACACCGAAAGCAAUGGCGCGAGCAGAUUCGUCAUGUUAUUUAGCAACUUGCAGCAAGAAAGAAUCUAAAAAGACUUUCCAUUUUUCCAGAAAUGCUAUACAUGUUGUAUUUUCUUUGAAGAUAGGUUUUGAAUGAUUUACAGCUCUGAAGUGCGACAAAAACAUUACACACAUAAUAAUAUACGUCAACUUUGAAAAAAUCGAUAAAAACAACAACUACAGACAUCUCGGUCAAUAAUAGAAACUUUCAGUUUAUGUCCGUGGUAAAAUCAGUAUUUGACAAAAGAACGAUAUAAAAGGUAAAAGCUGAUAACUGCAAUCUUUUCUUUGACAAUUUCUUCAAAAUAUUUGCAUGGUAAAUGCCCAAUAGAACAAAACGUUACGUUCAUUUACAACGUGUGGCCAAAAACAUCAAGAACAAAGUUAUUAAAUCUGAUAGCGUCCCUAUCCGUACAAAAAAGUAAUUUUUAGAUAUUGCAUGAUACAUUGUAGUUAUUGUAGGUUGAAAAACAUGACUUUGGAUGUCCAAUCUCUGGAAAAUGAAGCAAAAUGAUGGAGAUUUCCUGAUUAGUUUAGUAGUUGAUUUCCAUUCCUGCUAGAGAGCAAAUAUAAGCUUAGUAAGGAGAAAUAAAAUGAGUAUGAUAUGGUAUGUAAAGCUUCAGCUUGUGUUCACUUGUUUGUGGGCUAAACAUUGUGAAGGAAUAAUUUGAAGGGUUUAGAGAAGGGAAUGUCCUCGGAAAAUGUAAGAAAUCCCUUAAUUGCCCCCAAAACAAACAAGUCUCAUGAUUUUCCUUAUACUCGACCUAAUCUUUUAUCAUGAUACAUUUCAUGUACACUACAUGAGACAUAUGGGUUGAGAACACUUUUCGUGAACACUACAUGACGUAUAAAAGGACGCAACAAGACUCGACGGUAUAUUUGACCGCUGAAAGAUUUUAACUGUCUGAAUUUGAGCUAUUCUGCUUUGUAAACGUUAAAACAGCACAAGAAAAUAAAGAGGAGUAAAACUGCCGUAAAUGGUGUUUAUUAUUAUAGCCAAAUUCGGACUUAAAAAGAAGUUUUCACAGCCUGGUCACUAGCGGUAGGUUUUUCUUGUCGCUGAAGAGUAAAGCUUGUCACCUAGCGCCGCUAGAUCACAGCCCUGAGGAGGCAUAGAUUCAUGUUCGUUUGUUCAUAUAGGCGUUGCUAAGUCGAAAAUGUACUUCCCAAAAAAAACGGAAAUUCUGAUGGGGAGGGGGGGUUCACGAUUAUGGAAUUCUGAGGGCAUGGGGGGGUAACGCAUUUUGGAAUUUCCGAAGGCAAGGGGGGUUUAAAACGUGGAAGCCGUCCGUGGUAUGGUAUGGAUAUUUUCUGGAAUCGCCCAAUCCUGGACGCUCUCCUAAAAUUAAAGCAAUUUAAUUUUACUGAAAAUGACUCUUCCAAAAAAUAUCAUUUGCAAUGUCCUAUGAAAUGAAUGAACAAAACAUUCAGUCUGCACAUCAAUGCAACAGUUUACAGCUGUAGAAGUUGAGACAACAGCAUCACAGAAAUGGUCACUAGUCAGCAUCAGUCCUCAGUCUUUGCCUUGUGAUAACAGCUGCAACCUCACUUGGGCAUCCUGUGCAGCACGUCGAGUGCUACCGGUCCCUGAGCCAUAGGUGGAGUAGCAACCACCGCAGGUCCCGUGAUAUCCAAUGAGCAUACAAGGUUCAAUGGUCUCUCAAUGGUGUGACCCUUGUGUUGAAGAACGACUCCCCUUAGAACAAGAACAAGACCCUUCUUCCACUCUCCCUUGUUCUUUUCUUCUCUGACAAUCAGUACGACCUCCUCAACUUCUAGGUAGUUUCGCACCCCCCUCUUGAUGCGAUGGCUCUCCAUGAGACCAUGAAUGUAUUCUCUCUUCCACCAUGGCUGUACAUGUUGUCUCACGGCAUUAGAACUUGCUCCUCCCCUAGUUCGUUUUCAAUGUAGAUGUACAUCAAUGGGUAGUUGUUUGGGUGUUGUUCGAUGUCCAUCACCCUGGUCCCACCCACCCAUCUUCCCCUGGUCUUGUAGAAUGUCUUCUUUACAUCUUUGAUGAGUCUGUCAUAUAAGCCUCCCCACCAUGGUGAUUUAGAUGGGUUGAACUACCAAGUAAUCUGCUGCCUUGCUUAGUGAUCUUGCAACACCUCACUCUUUCGGAUUUUCUUGAUCCAUGCUGCAGUGGUUCUGAAAACUGCUCCGUUAUCUGACACGAUGCGUUUGGCCUAGUACGUCAGGUAAUAAAAGUUCAGCUUCUCCUUGAACUCUUCCACUCUUUGUGACUUGGUUACUUCUAAAUGGAGGGCUCUUGACAUAGCACACAUGAAAAUUAACAUGUAGCAUUUGCCUUGCUCCUUCUUUGAGAUCCUGUAGGUAAUAGGUCUAGCAAAGUCGAUCCUGGUGGUUUUGAACAGUCGUCCACCUUCGGUUCAGAAUGAUGGUGAAAGAGACGUUGCUGCCGGUCCAUACGGUUAUGCUCUGAACGCCUUGCACCUCCUGCAGUCAUUUAUCGCCUUCUUCACCUUUGCUCACAGGUGUGAUAUCAAGUAACCUUCUUUUACAGUUGCCAUGGUGUUCAUAACACCAAGGUGUUUUGUCUUUGUGGGCAUGGCUUAUAAGCUUGUUGGCCAACUCUCCCCCUUCAAUGUAUAUUGGUUGGUAACCAGAAAUUCUACCUUAACACUUGAGGACACCGGUACUUUCUUCUGUCCCCAAUUUCCAGCAAGGAUUUUUGAGGGUCGGCUUCACUCCAAUCACUGCCUUUUUUAUCCACUGGUUUCUUGCAUUAUUGAUCUCCUCUGUGGUCAAAGGACCAGACUUCUUUUUAGUGUUACAGUGUACAUCUCUUGAAGAGUGAGUUGUGAACAAAUCGCAGAGUCCAUGCAGUCACGCAGAAAGUUCUCCAGAGUGUACUUCUGUCUAGAAGUGUGUCCCACUGAUCAGAUUCCUUUUCUUCAGAGUACAGCACCUUUAUUUUUCCAGUUUGUGCUCUUUGCUUACACUCUGGGUUCUCUCCAACUUUAGUUUUAUGGGCCAUUCUUCUUUGUUUAUCAUCCACUCCGGCUCUUCAAACCACUGUCGCUUCUGCAUCUUAUCAAUUGAUGCAUGGUGGCUUCCUAAGUCUGCCAGGUUCUUAUCGGUUGGACAAUGUCUCCAAACGAUUCCCAUCUCCUUUGUGAUCUCAGCAAUCUUCCUCACUCAAUUGGAAACAAAAACUUUCGACGCUUUCCUGUGAUUACAGAUCCAGUAGAGUGCCAUGAUACUGUCCAACCACAAGUUCAUGGAAGUUGGGGUCACCACUCCAACACGUCUACCAGUUCUAGCCUUGCAACUGUUGUGGUGCACUUCGAAAUUCUAGACAGUUUGGAAGUACAUGUAAGCAGCCCUUUAGCAAAGCCAGUGGAGUGUUCGACAACUGCAACAGUUGCAGCUGAACAUGCUGUGUUACUGGCACCGGCAAAAACAUGUAGUUGUACUCCUGAUAUCUUGCUCAUGUCUUUAACUACAUGCUUCUAGGCACUUUGACGUUCCCGAGCUAAUUGUUCCACUUUAGCCAAUCUUGCCUUGUGGCACUACUCACGUCCAAAUUCCAGCCAGUCUUUUCAUCACACCCAUCUCUGUAAAUACGUUCCCCCUCCACUAUAGUUCAAUAUGGCGAAAUUACCCCCAGUGGGUCAUAAAUAGCACUCAGCUAACUCUUAAUAAAUCAUUUUGUAACUGAACUGUUCUCACUCAUCUUUACUUGAAUCUCGAGUGUAUCCUUUCUUCUGUCCUACAUGAGACCAAGUACAUUGUAUCUUGCUUGGAUUAGGUUCUUUGUCCAACUCUUGGAUGUCAGACUCCCACUUGUGCACUGGAAACUUCGCAUUCUGGAGGAUUUCAAUGGCUUCUUCUUUAAACCUUCUUAGUUCUCUGAUGUCACUCCCAGUCUUUAUCAGGUUAUCCAUGUAAGUAUUCUCCUCGAGGGACUCAAUCGUUUCCUCAAAUGCUAGUGAUUGUGAAGUGAUGUUGCAGUGUGGCACCUAGCAUAAACAGUCUGGCUUCCGCCCCAAAUGGUACUCUAGCAAAGCGCAAGUGUUCCUCUCUGCCAUUUAUGUUGAAUAAGAAUCAAAAUGUGUCACUAUCUUCCUCCUCAAUUCUGAUCUGUCAAAAUGCCUUUUUGAGAUCCACCAACAAAAGAUGGGUUGACUUUCAUGCUCGAACCAUGAUGUCUCAUAACAGAGGUUGUAACAGUGGGCCAGUGUACGUACACUCAUUGACACUGUUGGCAAGAGGAUGGGGAUUACCACUGGUACCAAAAACCAUCCUUACUUUUGUCAUUGUGGCCUCUUCUCAAAGCAUUUUCUACUUUCUAUCUCAUUUGUAUUGAACAGCUCGGCACCUGGAAGCCACGGGACAUCCACUUUUUAUCGCCCAUCAUUUCUCUUUACAAUGUUGUCUCAAAAUUCAGAGCACACAUCCAGCUGAUUGUCCUCCCCUCAGUCCUCUACUCCUAAAACAUUAAGGGAGUACAGUUUCUCGUAGUCACUUGUCUCCCUGGUGAAGAUGCAUGUGCUGUCUGCGUAGUCCUUUCCACCAUGAACAAACCAAUGUGGUUCCCUUGAUGACUGGGUCCUCUGGUCGAACUUUGUACAUCUGCUCUGUUUGGAUCUCGCAGCAGGUGUCGUCUCUAAGUGUGAGGUGAGUUGGGUACUCUUCACUUGAGGUCCUGUAAAACAUUUUUUCGUGCAAGUGCUCAUACUUCGCCUUUAGCUCUGUCAGAGUUGGUGUCUUUAUAAUGGUUAUCUGUACUUUCUCGCUCACUUUAUCAUCAACAGAAUCUAUCGUCUCGCUAAAAACUGGCAAAGACGGUUUCUUUGUUCCGUUCACAGUGACGAUUUGGUGUGACUCGUGACUUACUGGUUUCAAUCCUAGACUGUAAAUCUCUUCCUUUGAAAUAAAGUUGUUCCUUCCCAAACCUGUAUCUAGAUACUCCCAAAAUGUGAUCUCUUUGAUUUUCAGUGGAACUAUUACUGGUAGUGACUUCUCUGUGAAUGAAGGGGUAUAGCCAUUGGAACUUUCUGGAGUUUCUGUCUUCUUUCCUCUAGAUCAGUUACAGAGACUGGUGUGGUGCUUGCUCCUGCAUUUUAUAACAACCACGGCUGCGACAGUGUUUUCCCCAGUGUCCUGUGCGGCCACAAUUCCUUUUCCUGGAAAAACUGCCUCCUUGCUUCCAUUGUUUUAACGACCUUGCACGCGUCUGCCAAGUUCUUUCCUAUGCUAAUGCCUCUCCCUUUUUGGUCAUACACCUCUACCCUCUCUGCAUGCAUCAUCUACACUGUGUCUUUUCAACCACUGCUUAAGGUUGUAUAUUUUUGUUUAUCACUGUUCUCCCAAUUUUUGCCGGUUCACGCUAUAUAAUCAGGCCUCACUUGUAGCAGUUUGUUGAGAAUGGACAUCACCAACCCUGAAGCAUGUCGGCUUUGCCCAUUGUCAGUAAUGCAUCUUAAUUUCUGCUCAUGCUCUCAUAAAAUUCGUGAAUCUUUAAGUAAUUGGAUCCUUUGACGACAGGAAGGUUCUCUAUUUCUUCUACAGUCACAUUCACAACAAGUUUGCUCUGGCCAUACUCAGAUUUCAGUGGCUUUGGGAUUGCUAUCUUUGCUCAUACGUUUGGAUUGACCAUUUCCAACAGAUAGCCAAAUUUCUCUUCUGCGCUGAUUGAUUUGUUUUGGACUUGUGUAACAAACAUGUUCUCAAAUCUCACCCAGUCUGUGGGCAUUCUCUUGAACGGUAUUAUUAUCAAUUUGGGCAGUUCUGCUGUGGUUGAAUGGGCUUCUUUCUCCAGUUCCAGCUGUUUAUGUGUCACCUUUAAUUCUGCGUCAAUUUUCUCCUGCCACAUAGUCGCUUGUGCACUCUUCUUGUCGCAAACACAACUCAGUUAAACGGUGCUCCUCUUCUUGCUGUUGUUCUUGUUUUGCUUCUAAUUGUUUUCUUUCCGUUUUCUUGUAUAUUUCCUCUUGUCUGUUGUUUAAGAACUUUGCAAGCUUUUCUUUCUCCACAAGAAAUACGGUAUACCUGGCCUUCACGUCCUUCUUCCAUUGUCUCACCUACUGAGCAGAUACAUCAUGAUCUAUUUUCAUUUCCUCUGCUUGUGAAAUUAGAUCCGAUAACUUGCCCAAGAUUUUCUCCACUCGUCUGUUGGCAAUAUCCGUUUCUGUGUAAUCCCUUAGUUUAAUUAGCUUGUCUGUUUCGUCCAGAAAGUACUUGAGUUUUUGUUUUUCCUUGUCUAUUUCUUUCUCUAGAUGCUGUUUGUCAUCACAGUUGUGCCACGUGUCCACUUUUUCCUCACCAUCGCUCAUGUUUUCCAAUUCCUUCACUCGUUGUAUAGUAGCCAGUAGAAGUCUGUAGUAAUCCUGGUCACUGCACCAUUUUUGUACCGAAUUUGUGGGGUACAAACAAUUCACUCCUUUAAAAUCACCUUUAGUUGUAAACAAGCCUUUUACUAUGAAUGAUUCCUGAUACAAAUCUUUUUCUUCGAUCGAUCACCAAAAGUAAUUUUCCAACACGCUAUUUGUUUAUUUCUCCGAUUUCAAAAUGUCAAUCAAUUAAAAAGUAGAACUAAUGUAAUGUUAACAGAGCCACAUCCAGUUAAAGUGAAAUUUGACACGACACUUCCGGAGACCUGGGCUCUUUCUAAGUGUAAGCAUGUCCCGAAAUCCUGUGAAAUUGUGUGUCCCUACAUAUACCUCAAACUGGUGGUGGCCACCAUGAGAAUUAGGUUAACAGAGGCUGUGGCAAGUUGUGGAACAGUUUGCAGUAGGCUGAAGACAUGGCUGAAGAUUAUAAACAAACAUAAAAGUUGGCAAUUCACACAUUUACUAAUCAAACAAGACUGCGUUGCAUUUUCUUUAGAUAGAAUAAUUGCUAUCUAACUUAGGAAUGCAGAGAUGCCAACCUCUGGAGACCUAAAAUCGGGAGACUGUCCUUUUUUCACUACCCACCCUCCCCCCCGGAAUUUCAACGAAACCCCCCCUCCUGCGGGAAAAUCGACCCAGCCCCCAAUGGGAAUGACUUAGGACAUUAUAUGACGUCUUACAUAAUGUAUAUACUAUCAAAAUUCGAAAUCAUUGUUUUGAUGCUAGAAAUAGUCUUUGUCAAUGACUAAAUACAUACAAAAAUGCCCCAGAAACUGUAUUGCGAAUAAGAAAAAUUCAAGUUUUGAGCUAAAAAUGGGCUAAAUCUCAAACUAAGUCUGUUUUAUUUUUUACUAAGUAUUCAAUAUUUAUAGUGGACAUAAAAGUGGGAGAUUUAUGUACCAAAGCGGGAGAGCAGGAGACGAGGCAAAAAAGUGUAAGUCUCCCGCCAAAAGUGGGAGAGUUGGCAUCACUGGGAAUGAAUCGCACAGAUGUUCCAAAAAUGUUUUGGAGUGUAGUUUUUUGAGAAAGUGUGAGAAAUCAGUUGUCAUCUUUUGAGAGUGUGAGAUUGGUUUUACUAUCAUGAGACUUGAUCACGACAAAGUCUUGACAAGGCAAGUCUGGAAGGUUUUAUGGUAACUGCAGCAAGCAAUUAGAUUUUAUAGUCACCAAAUGCUAUGGAGUGAGUGAUAAGGCUUUAAUAAAUUACUCUUCGCAUUUUAAGUGAUUUCAAAAAUCUCUCUUCAUACUGUUCAUAGCUAUCAUUAACCUGUAAUCCAUAAUGUCUUCUACAGCUGAUGUCACUCCAUAUAAUGGUUGAUAGAAAUGGAAAGUCAAAGAAAAAAACUAUAAUAAUUAUAUGAACAAACUUGAAGAAGUUACAAGUGAAUAUAAUUAUUUAUGAGCUGUGCCUACUUUAAAAUUUUUAUGACAGCCCUGCUGUAGAUGAAUUUAGUAUACAUUUUCACAAAAUAAUGAUAAGAAUAAUAUUAAUUCUGCUCUGCUUUUUUUACUGCACUGCAUUUAAUUUAGCAAAAACUGAAUAAUGAACUGGAUGCCAUCUUGGAAAGCCAGCCCAGACUUGAUGCAAAAAUGAACACCCUGCAGAAUGUUAUGUGAGUACACAUGACUAUUAGACAACAAUCUUAGCUUCUAAUAAAAGAGCUCUGUAAGCACGUCACCAUGUGUGAAGAGCCUCCUUCUGUCUUCUUGAGUGAGGAGAAGAAAAGAAAGCUCUGCCUGAAUUGCUUAAAACCUUUGAGGUCACCACAACCAAAAUUUCUGGACUAGUCAUUUUUGUUCUCUGUCGUCAAACUAGUUUUUUUGAGUACGAGCAUCCAGUUAUGAAUAAACCAAUGGUCGUAACCUAGCCUAAUGCAGCAAGCAUAGCAAGCUCACGGCUAUUAGGCUUUGGUUCAAAACUAUAUCCUAGGAUCACUUGCUUCAUGCAGAAUCUUUCUAAAGUAUGCCAAAAUCUAGCAAGUGAAAGAAAGGCUUUGCUGACAGGGUGUCAAUGCUUAGGCAGUAAAAAUGAUUGUUAUGAUCAAAUGACACCGAGUACAAAUUCCUGUUAUUGUUACUUAACAAAUCGACCAUAAUUUUUCCAUGGUCUUCACUCUUAUACACCAUAGAAAUGACAUCAUAAAAUGUUCAAAACACAAGAGGAACCACAAGCUGCAGACGAGUGGUUUCACUACAAAGUUUACACUUUAUAGCAUCAUUUCUAUUGUCUUUAAGUGUGUAGACCAUGGAAAAUUGUGGUCGAUUUGUUUUUUACAAUAACAUUUUUUUUUUUUACGAAAAAACAAAAUAACCGGCACUGUGUGACAUGUUACGUCAUUUCCGUGGUCUAUACUCUCAUGGACCAUAGCUCUCAACCAAUUAGCACGCAAGGAUUUGCUCAGUUAUUGUAAAAAUACAUAUACCCUGAUGAAGUACUCUGUAUACAUGUACGUACUCUGUAUUUUAAUGUUUUAUAUGAUAAUGUUAACAACGUACAUCUCAACAUCCUAAAUGUACAUGUGUAUUCCCAGAACUUCCUGUAAAGAAGUCCACUACAGAAGGAAUUUGUGAAGUGAGUUAUGUUCUUUGUAAUGAAUUUUGCAUAAUUAUUUUUCAGUCCAAAUCUGCAGCUUGUGAUGAGAGAUGCCCAGCAUUUGCAUACCAUGAUUUCUAACACUUCUGAUUUAGCAGAAAAAGUCAGCAGCAAAGUACGACUUCUGGAUCUUGUCAAGGUACUACUACUGUAUAACUGGUCAAUAAUAUUAAGACGGAAUCCAUCAGAAAAUUGAGUAAUUCAAUUUCAAAGACUACAUGUAUUUUUCAUGGAAGCCCAAAAAAAUAGAUGUCAAAUUUCACAAGAAUUGUGAAAACACAGGUAAAAUUCUGAAAAUUUUUUGUGUAAGAUGUCAUUUUGUGAAAUUUGACAUUCGCUUUCUCUGGACCCUCCCGUAAGAAAUUUUCCUUGGUGUUAUUACAGAUAACAUCUAUAGCCCUUGACAAAUGAAAAAUUUUAAAAAAGGAUGCAAUAUUCUGUAAAUUAUUCUGGUACAAAGUUUUUGUCCUCUGAAAAUUAAAUUACUCAAUUUGUUGGUAGAUUCCGUUGAACCUCCAUUAACCCUGUUAGUCCCGAGAGUGACCAAAAUCAAUCCUCUCCCAACAAUAUCAAUGUAUAAUCAAGUAGAAAGGUUACGAGAAUUAAGAGAAUGAUCACUAAAGAAAAAUGCUUUGAUCUUUAAACAAAUUCUCUCAACUAAUCUUUAAGGAAAUUUAAUGUAGGGGGGCCAGUCAGGAGAAUUUGUUUGUUGAUCUUGGAGCUGACAGGGUUAAACAGCCACCUUUAGGCCACUCAAUAGAGGCUCUUGAGAGAAUCUUACAAAGGGGUAACUUUGACUAACAAUGCAAAAGCAUUAAAACCCUUAUGCAGUGUGUUUUUAUUAUUAUUUAAAGUUUUAAUUACUGUAACUUAGUGGAACUUUUUAAUAGCUAUUUUUUUAAAUAUUUUAGAACCGGCUUCAAGAAACAAUUUAAAUUUUUUUAAAUAUUUUAGAACCGAGUUCAAGAAACAAUAAAGCGAGUGGAUGACAUUCUUGAUUUGAAGGUAACUAAAUUAUAAUCUUUUUCUUUAGCAACAUUCCAGAAAUUUUUGCUGAUAAUUUGUUUUAUGUUACUUGUCUAGCAGUAAUUAGAGCUGCAAUAAUGCACUAACAUAUCAAUGAGCUGCAAUAUUUCUUCCCAUGAUACGAAUAUUGGUAUUUUGAGCAGGUAUCAUGCUAUAUGUUACAAUAAUUAAUUAUUUGCUACGUCAGUACAUUAAUUUGCAAAAUCACUGUCUUUAAUGUACCUCAUCAAAGCUCUGCAUUUUGUUUUCUGGAAGGUGACUUGUGAUGAAAGGCAGAAAAAUUAACAAGGCUGCUACUAAAGAAAAUUUUUUUGGAACAAUUCAGGCUCCUAAUAUAAAACGUUAGGAGCCUGAACCACAUUUCUAGGAGCCCAUUGAUUGGUAAACUUAAAUUAGUAAGCAGAUGCUCGAAACUUGAUUCACACAUCUCAAAACUUGAUUUGAAAACUUGUUUGAGUUUCAAAUUAUUCCAGAAAAAGUGCUUGUUUGUUUACUCUUAUCAGUGGAAAUUUUUUGUCUAGGGUUAACAAACACACGUUUUAAGUGUUCAUUUCAAAAGUGCAAAAUGAGCAGGCAUAGAGGCUGUAUUGCGAUAAGAAUCAUAAGUUUUAGCCACCAGUGCAGGCUCCUUGUUUAAAAUUUAGUUGCCCGCUAGCAAGUCAUAGGAGCCUCUGGCAACCGGGUGCCCGUUAGGCAGCAGCCUUGAUUUAAGGUGACGGAUAAGAUGAUGAACAGCUUCACUUGCACUUAUUCCUCACUUGUUAGCAGUCUUCGUGCAACCACAAUUAUAUGUCUACAGGGUGUUCUGUAUUGUGGUCUUUGUAUGGCAAUCUAUAUUAUCAUAUGACUGAGUAAUUUAUCACUGCAACUGUAGUGAUGAGCUAUUGGUUAUAAGUGGUUAGCAGUUGGAUUUUGGACUUAGAGAGAUUGAACUCUUGCUGUGUUGUUGUUUCCAUAGUCAAGAAACAUUCCUCCAGUUUGUGUCUCUUCAUGGUCGAACGUUAGGGACCUUAUAAUGUGACAAUGGCAAGGUCCAUGAAAUUGUUACUGAAAAAUAAACUUUGCAUCCUUUCAAACUAUAAUUUUUUUGAUUAUGCCAAGUUGCCCUUACUCAAAAGAAGGGAUUUAGGUUGGAGCUGAAGAGAAGGGACUGUACCCAAGUUCAGACAGAGAUGAUAGAAUUUAUUGCCUUGCCAUUCCUGUUCUCAAGUAAACUUAAAAUUUGGUUAUUUCAAAUCGUAAUUGUGCAAGGACGGCAAUGUUAGUUACUCAUACAAAAAAGCCUGACGCUUGGCAGAGUUGUUGUUUUGCUCAUUAACCCUUGCUUUUUUUGACAUUCCUUUUGCAAUCAUCAUCAUAGUUUCCUAAGGUCCCUAUUGUGUCUUCUAGGGGGAAAGUGCUUCUUCAUCAGCUUUAUGCUACUGAAACCUGAUGAGAAAAUUCUUCAGCAUCAAAAAUUAAGGCUUUCAAUUGCAGUACACCUUUUCAUUAUGCUAUUUUACUGUUCCCAUUGCCUGGCCUUAAGGUGGCUCCGUAAUUAAUACAAGAGCAUUUAACUGUGACAAAUUUUCCGUCAUAAGUUUUUCGAUUUUAACUCAAUGGCUGCGAAACUUUGCAAACAACUACAGAUAUCAUUCGGGAAUAAUACGAAAUAUUCCGAUUUCAUUGAUGGUAAAUAUUUCUUGAGAAAUUAGCGCUUAAAACGACCCUAAUGUUCAAAGAAAAUUGCGUCUAGUAAAAAAUUUUGCUGAUAUUUUUUACUGAAAUUUCUGGUAUCGGCUUCAAUUGAUAUAAUAAAUAUGCCAGAGGAAUUUCAGAAAAAUCGUUGGAGCAGAAGUCCGUAACUAAAAGUCGCUCAAAAUUCAGCUGUGAAAUUGUUUUGGAAUUUCAAAAAUAAAUUACUAUCAGGAAGAAGGAGACACCUCUUUCAAUUUUCGGGACAAGUAAAUUCAGUGUUUGCUAAUUCUUAAAACAGAAGCCGAUUGCCUAUCGUGCUAUUCUUUAGAGGAUAUUUUUCAGUUUUAGAAGCACUAUAAAUUGCUCCAAACUUUGCUCUGACGUCGAAUGACUUGUUCCUCGACAUUUUUAAAAUAUCCCUGGGCAGUUUUGGUUCAAACUCCUGCUACAUACAUUUUGAUGUAUUGCAAUGCAUCCUCAACGGCUUUUCCUGCUGUACGCUGUUUCCAAUUCAGGAAAAAGGUAUUGGGAUUGUAUGCUACCUUGUAUCGAAGCUCAGACAGAACUGUCGAGCACCUUUGUUUAUGACCAGAAAAUGAGCACGAGCAGCAGCUCUGCGAGGAAUUCGCACCUCAGCCAGGGGGGACGAAUGACAAUGAUGCCCAUGUCUGUGAACCGAUCUGUAUAAACAUGUAUUGCAGAGCAAAACAUAAUAAUCGAGAAAAAAAAUACCCAUUCAUUGAAGGAAGGAUUGACAAAAAUUUCAGAGUUGUAAAUUUAUUCACGGGUAAAAUUUUUGCGAUAAUUUUAUUUUGCACUGUGAUGUUAUUCGGUUCACAGGUAUGGUCAUCAUUGUCGUUCGUCCCCCCUGGGUGAGGUGCGAAUUCCUCGCAGAACUACCGCUCGUGCUCAUUUUGUAGUCAUAAACAAAGGUGCUAGACAGUUCUAUCUGAGCUCUGAUACGAGGUAGCGUCCAAUCUCAAUACUUUUUUUCUGAGUUGGAAGCAACGAACAGCGGUAAAAGUCCUUGAAAAUGCAUUGCAAUACAUCAAAAUGUAUGCAGCAGGAGUUUGAGCCAAAACUGCCAAGGGAUAUUUUAAAACUGUCGAAGAACAAGUAAUUCUACUUCAGAGCAGGUUUGAAGCGAUUUAUAGUGCUUCUAAAACUAAAAAGUACCUUUUAAAGAAUAGCACGAUAGGCAAUCGGCUUUUGUUUUAAGAAUUAGCAAACGUUGAAUUUACAUGUCCCGAAAAUUCAAACUGGUGGCUCCUUCUACCUGAUAGCAAUUUAUUUUUGAAAUUCCAAAACAAUUUCACAGCUGAAUUUUGAGCGACUUUUAGUUACGGACUUCUGCUCCAACGAUCUUUCUGAAAUUCCUCUGGCAUAUUUAUUAUAUCAAUAGAAGCCGAUACCAGAAAUUUCAGUAAAAAAUAUCAGCAAAAUUUUUUACUAGACGCGAUUUUCUUUCAACAGUAGGGUCCUUUUAAACGCUAAUUUCUCAAGAAAUAUUUACUAUCAAUGAAAUCAGAAUAUUUCGUAUUACUGCCGAAUGAUAUCUGUUGUUCUUUGCAAAAUUUCGCAGGCAUCGCGUUAAAAUCGAAAAACUUAUGACGGAAAAUUUGUCACAGCAAAAUGCUCUAGUGUUAAUUACGGAGCCACCUUAAUUAUUUUUCUUUUUUUUCUUUUUACACUGUACUAGGCUUGUGUGGAUGGAGUACAGACAGCGCUAAACACAGAACACUAUGAACAGGUAUAAAAGUUAAAAGUUGUGUUAAUGAGGAGUAUGCCAUGUGCUACACUUUAUUUUGUUAAUAUUUAUUGUUACUAAUUAUAAUUUUCAUUUUACCAAAGUCCCUUAUACAGUUACAUGUACAGACAAACUGUAGGUACUUGCCCCAAAAUCAGAAAGUUCUGAGUUAAAAUUUAACCGAUACACCUGGCUACGGAAGUCCCAUAUCGAAAUCCAAAGCCACUGAUCAGAUCUUUCAUGCAAUGGGCGAUUCCAGAAAAUAUCCAUACCAUACCACGGACGGCUUUUAGGAUUUCCGAAGGGGAGGGGGGGUUCACGAUUAUGGAAUUCUGAGGGCAUGGGGGGUAUUUACGAUUGGAAAUCCGAAGGCAUGGGGGAAUUCCACAGGUGGGAUUUCUGGAGUAGAAAGUGUAGAGUGAGUUCCUUGAAAACGCUAUUGUUGUGGACUUUUGUAGUUCGUAAAUAAACCACGAACGUAUGACCGCGGAAGCAGAAGACAAGCAUCGAUAGAUCAGACACGUGUUUACGCUCAUAACUUAUAGAAGUGAACAGUAAAACGUGGGUUUCACAUUAACCUUGAUGAAUGUCUUGUCACAUGAAAAAAAAACGGAAUAUGUAUCUUACUGCUUGCAAGUUUCUUGAUACUCCCGUCCGAUGAACAGUAAAAAAACUCGCACCAGUGCCUGGCUUCCAAGGAACGCCUGUCAGAUUAGAACACUUUUCGUGCACACUACAUGACGUAUAACAGUCCGGAAUAUCCCCAACCUCGUCCCCAGGGUCUUCUCGCUUUCCAAUAUGGCGGCGGCAUAUUGGAAAGCGAGAAGACCCUGGGGACGAGGUUGGAAUAUCCCUAAAUUUAAGGACAGGGCCAACUGGUCACGCGACACUUUUCAACCAAUGAGAAGGCGCACUUGUGUUUAUCAACAAACAAAUCAAAACAUCGCCCCAGUGCUCAAAAAUUUUCAAAACAACGGACUGAGUCGACGGACAAAAUUAAAGGUGAGCUUACAGUACUCGUCUAGGUUUCACAUUUAAUAUUUCAAAAAAAAACAUUUCAUGUAUGAGAAUAAGAGCAAGAACAAGGACAAGAAUCAAAGAACCAGUCAUCAUAACAAGAAUAAAAAGUAGUUCAAAUUUAUUAAUUUUUCUUGUUUGUUUUCUGGUGUUGUAUCGUGUUGACUUCACGCAUCUGGUGCUUUCCUUGCUUGCUGUAGUGCCUGCAAUGUUUUAAUUUUAUCCCAGAUUUAGUGCAUGUUCAAUGAGUUGCAAAAUACAUCAUUUACACUUGAAAUUUGCCUUCUUUCUUUGAUUGUUUGUGAACGGUGGAUGAACAUUUGGAGAAUCCAGCGACAUUAAAUCUUUCCAGAUUUGGUGAAUUUCAGAAACAAAGCGAUUAGUAUCUACCUUGCGCUUAUCAUCUUCAAUUUCAUCCCCGCAAAUUCGGCAAAGUGAGGCGAGAUGUAGGACGUGAAUAUUCAUAAGACUAAUAAAGUUGUUUUGGCCUUGAAAAGAAAAAAGGCAAAGGCUCGUUCUAAUGCAAAAAAAAGAAAUAACACGGCUCUGUGAGAAACCCGGGAGUGGAAAACGUACCGGUGUUUAGACAAUGGCAAAAUUUGCAAUAAAUUCACACUGUAGUUAUAAGAAAAAUUUAGCCGUUAAGUCACUUUGUAUUAUUAUUAAAGAAAAAUUUAGCCAUUAAUUAACGGCUAAAUUUUACUCUUUACUAAACGAAAAUUUAGCCAUUAAUUAACGGCUAAAUUUUCAUUAACUAUUUAUACAAACGAGAAAUUUAGCCAUUAAUUAACGGCUAAAUUUUCAUUAAUAUACUACCAAAAUUCUAGGUUGUCUACCAUACAUGAUAAAAGUUAAUCGAUAUGACAAUCGAGGAAAAAUAUCUAGAACUUUGUAAAAAAAAAUCUGUGAAUCGAAAAAUAACAGAUACUCCUUCACCUACCUCGAAAACCGACCAAAAUCUCGCCCAUACAUCGCGUUGUUUAAAGAAGAAAUAAGCCACAAAAUGUGCUGAAUAUUUCACGAGACACUUCUAAUAUGGCUUCCGAUAGGUUGUCCUCUUAAAAAAAUUGUGUAUGCGUCAUGAAAAGUCUUAAAAAUAUGCCUGAGAGCCUCGAAACGAUGACUGAUUCUGACCAACUCCGUCCGCUGUUUUGAUCACUGCGGCGAUGUUUUGAUUUGUUUGUUGAUAAACACAAACGCGCCUUCUCAUUGGUUGAAAAGUGUCGCGUGACUAGUUGGCCCUGUCCUUAAAUUUAGGGAUAUUCCGGACUGUAUAAAAGGACGCAACACACUUCGACGGUAUAUUUGACCACCGAAAGAUUUUAACGGUCUGAAUUUGAGCUAUUUUGCUUUGUAAAAGUCAAAACAGCACAACAAAAAACAAGGAGGAGUAAAAUUGCCGUUAGUGGUGUUUAUUUUUAUUGCCAAAUUCGGACCUAAAAAGGAGUUUGCACAGCCUGUCUACUAGCGGUAGGUUAGAGUCUGAAAGCUUGUCGCCUGGCGCCGCUAGAUCACAGCCUUGAGGAGGUUCAUAUAGGCGUUGCUAAGUUGAAAAUGUACUUCCAAAAAAACGGAAAUUCUGAAGGGGAGGGGGGGGUUCACGAUUAUGGAAUUCUGAGGGCAUGGGGGGGUAACGCAGUUUGGAAUUUCCGAAGGCAAGGGGGGGAUAAAACAUGGAAGCCGUCCGUGGUUGGGUAUGGAUAUUUCCUGGAAUUGCCCAAUUGUCCUGUGGGUCAUCCUCCUUUAAAUCCUCAACAAAAUCAAGACAAAAAUUUUGUUUGUAUUUGCAGUCAACUCCCCUUAUAGCAGACACGGUAGGGACUUUGAGUUAGUGUCCUCAUUAGUGAGAGUCCAUAAUAACGGGAGAUUAUUUCAGUCAAACACCUUUAAUUUAUUUUUGCCUGGAAUUUGGCUGCUGUCCGUAUUAUCGGGGUGUCCUCAAGGCGAGAGCUGACUGUACUUAUUUUGGUAGAGGGAAGCGAGAAGCUUUUAAACAGGACAUGUUCAUCUCGAUGCACUUGUUACUUUCAUCCCGGGCGGGGGAGGAUGGGGGGACUCCCUAUUAUGGCCUGUACAAGGAGAUUCUGCUCAAAAGGCUGAGUAUCUCUCUCAGACUAGAGUUAUUUAAUCCUUAAGCCCAAAUAUCCAAAUACAAAUUCUCCAUUCUGAUCUCCAUGCAUUUCCUUAAAGAAUCAGUUGAGAGAAUUAUUUGUUUGCUGAUCAAAGCUUUUCCCACCAGGUGAUCAUUUCAUAAAUUCUCCCAACAUUUUCUCUAGAUCAUGUAUUGAUAUUGUUGAGAGAAAAUCGAAUUUAAUCACUCUUGGGCCUUAAAGGGUUAAAUGAUAAGAUGUUCAUGAGUUCAAGUGACUGAAAGGGCGGGGAAAAUUGUCAUUUGCAGUGCCGUCAACUUGCCCGUUUAACCCGGGAGACUCCAGAUUUUGGACUGUAUCUCCUGGUCUCCAGAAUAGAGGAUGAAAUGUCUUGGAUGAACCGAAGUUUGCCACUGUUCAGUAAACUUGACUUUCCGUGUCAACUAUUUUGCAUUCUUUGAGCUCUUUAAAUGUUAGCGUCAAACAUUUCCUCAUAAACUCCAGUAUAUGCCAUUGUAAUAUAAUAAUGUGAUUGGUCGUCAUGCAGGUUAAAUUUAAUGUUACAAUGCCAACAGCAUCUUUUUUGCGCAUUUUAUGUUAUCACAAAUUUUUGCACAAAUGAUGUCAUGUGCCAUGCCUUAUGACAUCAUCUAUCACCCCUUCCCUUUCAAUUCUCAAUAUUUGAAGACAUGGGGGGUUGACAGCCCUGCAUUUAGAUACUUAAAAGGGCCUUUAAUUAAAUUCAGUGGAACAAAAAUGAAAGGGGUACCUUUCCUGUCAAAAAACAGUACAUAAAGAAAGCAAGGGGUUGGACCUUAUAAGGGCAGAGCCUUUCUGAGUUGCCCUGACACCUAGCCCCAUCCUAGGCUUUUUCCAUUGACAGCAUCCUAAUUUACAGUGUAGCAGAUCAAUAGUUUAAUGAUCUAAUUAUCAUUUUAUUUUUGUUGAAUUCUCACAUCAAAGGCAGCAGCUCACAUUCACAGAUAUCUUAAUCUUGAUGCAGAGGUGCUAAAGGAAAUCACAGGCGAUUCAAAAGAAGGUUAUUAAAUCAUUGUUUUUAAUCUUCUCACAUUUGCAAAGAAGAGUGAAUUUUAAUUUUUUUUCUUCAAGAUCACCUUAAGUAGUUGCCCUUUCAACAGCAGUUAUACAUCCGUUUUUACUGUAAUGUCAAGGGUUAACCCAUUUAUAAAUCUUGAGCUUUGCUCGUCUGUGAGAGAGGGAGAAUCUUAGGCAUGUCACCUCUCCCUCCCCCCCCCUGCUUGUCCACCCUGCCACUCCCCCAUCUCUUGAAAGACAAUAACGAGCCUUUGUGUCGGUACAUGCAGAUGUUGAUUUCAUUCUUCAUUUCCAUCAUUUUUUCAUUUCAUUUCUUCUCCAUUUCCUCAAUUCCAUCAUUGCUGUGGUUCCCCUAAGCUCACCAGUAGCAUUAUAAUUAUCAACCAAACAAUUACCAAACAAUACUGCUGGGGAACCACAGCAAUAAUGAAAAUGAGGAAAUGAAGAAGCGGCAGGUUUAUUAAGCAAAACAAAAACUCUGAACAUGCAACACACUUUUCGGCAGAUUUCUCUUUCGGCUUUGUUCCACUGACAUUGUCAAACUUGAUUGGAAUGGCAAUCGCUAAGAGCAUUGUUGCAUCAAUAGUGAACACGUCAUGACUUUGAUUUCAUCAGAAAUACCCAUUCCACACAGGGGGUCAGUAAUGUUAGGACAACCUACAGUUUUAGCUUCCAGCUACUACUUUUUUUAUUUCACCCAGGUUCUGAUUUAGCAGGAGCUUUUGCAUUGCUUCAUGAGGCAGAAACAAAACUGAAAAGAAUAGUUCAUGACAAGUUUGAGGCUGCCAUACAGAAUGGCGACAGGAACUCUGUGGAAAGGUACUGCUACUCACAUAGCAAUUUACAAUAUUAUUUUAUUGGUUUUCUUAUUGUGAAGUGCCGGGUGUUCAUUAGGCAUCGGCGAUUGGAGAAUUCUCCGUUUACCACGCGGAAUUCUCCAGCUAACGUUCAGGUCCGGGUUGUUCAAAAGAUGGAUAGUGCUAUCCACCAUAUAAAUCACUAUCCCUUGGAUAAGUGUUUGGAAAACCAAUUGCGCUAUCCAGUGGAUAGAGAUUUAUCUGGAGGAUAACGUUAUCCAUCUUUUGAACAAUGGGGGCCAGUAGUAUAGCCUAUGGCUAUUUUUUAUUCAGAUGUGGAGCCUCUUUCAAAAUAUUCUCCUGUAAUGUUACACCUUUCUCCUGCUACUAGAAUUCUUAAUGAAAACUCUGGAAGUGAUAUGAAACUACAAUUUAAAGAGAUUUAAAGAAUAGUCAUAAAAUUUGCCAAUAUAUUUUUAGAUUUUUCAAGAUUUUUCCAUUACUUGGACAGCAUCAAGUAGGGCUGGAAAAGUAUGCAAAAUAUUUGUGUUCUCAGGUAAUUUUGAUUAAUUGUGUUUUAAAAGUCUAAGCAUUGAACUAUACACAAGCUGCAUAACUCACAUUAAUAUCCCUCAAGAGGUUAUUGAGACUGGUUUUGUUUAUGUUCUUCUCAGACUUUAAUAGUUCAGGAAUCAGAAUUGGUCUUAUAUUAACCUUCUUUGCUAAAAUGUCAUGAUCUUACUGUAUGUUGAUCAUUAUUGGUUGAUUGAUUGGUUGUACUCAUUUCAAGGGAUUGCUAUCUUAUUCCUGUAAUCUGGUCAGGCAAGGUACAUGUAGUAAAUUGAGGGUAGAUAGUAAUGAAUAAGUCUGCAACCAACCAUAUGGAAUUCCAGAAAUGAAGUAGCCUUUUUAGGCUAAAGGACUGCUCUGGUUAAAGACGUUUUCACUAAUAAUAAAUUGUCAUGGAUGCUUUAUUAUUAUUUUAAAUGUGUUUCACAGAUUGCUGCUCAUUGUCAGAAAAAUCUUGAUCUUGCUGUUGCCUCCAAAGAAUCUGGUGAGAUAGUUAACUACCGGGGGGGAGGGUUUUCUGUAUUUAUUCAGGCUCCACUUGUUUAAAUGUUGGAUAGUGCAAUCCACCAGAUAAAUCACUAUCUAGCAGAUAAAUACUAGCAUUAAGAUUAGGAUUGAUUAGUGAAACCAUUGUUGCAUUAUCCACUGGAUAGAGAUUUAUCUUGUGCAUAGCGUUCAGCGCCGUAGCUAGUAUGAGGCCAACCGAGGCACUCGCCUCGGUAAAAUUUUGACGAAUUUCGCCGAUCAUUUUUAUUUUACAUAAGCGAUCAUUGGAUAUUUUUAACGCAUCAUGAUAUUACAAAGAAUUCAGCAAUUCAGUCAAUAUACUAUGAAAAAAUUACCAUAUCAUCGAUCUCAAGGGGCUACGUACGUUAACUCAAAUUUUUUUGGAACAAAUACUGAUCAAAACCAUUGGCGAGGUUAACGGUCACCCAGAUUAUGUAGCUUGUUUCUGAUUAUUACUUUUUAAAUUCCACUUAAAUUAACUCGAAAAAAAGUUACCGAAAGGCCCAGAAAACGCUGCAAAUCGCAUUUCCGAGAGACUGAAGUUCAAAAUUUCUCGGGGGGGGGGCAUGCCCCCGAACCCCCCCUAGCAACUCCCGCCUGCCUCGGUUGGCCGUUUGGUCUGGCUACGGCACUGGCGUUAUCCCGCUUCUGAACAACUGGGUCCAGAUGUAUGGUGCAUUUGGUACAUUUUAACAAAAAAAUGUUUUAAACAAAUUUGGUUCACAGAACCGCUCUCUUCAGUUUUGGAAGUUAUACGGAGAGGAAUUUAAGGAAAUUUAGGUGAUAAGCUCUUACAUUUUUUUUGUUGUGGGGGAAGGGGAGGUACGCGCCCCUCUGGCUAACUCUGUCUGAUAAUUUUGUCAACAAGACUUUGGUAACUGGUCACCAAAAUAGUUAUUGGUAGAAAGUGGCUGCUCAAUGAGAGAUUGCUUAAUAAAGGUUUCACUGUAUGUACAUCAACAAAUUAUUGUGAGCUAAAACGAGCAUGAGGAAAAAACUGUUAAAUAACAUAAGUACAACUUUUUAAAGCAAUACAUGUGGUUUGAAAAGUUUUAAAGAGUUUUGGAACAGUUUGGUUCUGUAUAAGACGUAACAUUAAGCAUUAAAUUGUUUCUUGAUCACAGAUCGUCACGCUAAUGUUGUUUUUGCCAACUCACUAACUCUGUUGUUUGAGAACAUCGCACGGAUGGUGGAAGAGCAUCAGCCAUUUGUUGAAACCUAUUAUGGUGAGUAAUAUGAAGCAGUCAAGUGAGGAUCACUCAAUUAAUUUUUCAAUCAUUCCAGUCACCACAUCUUAUUGCUGCCUCUUGCUUGCAAACACAUACACCUUUUUUUAAAAAAUGUAGUGUACUUUAUUAAGCGUCAAUGUAUUUAGCAUCACAGUACCAAUUUGGCGACCCUGGAUUCCACUAUUUUACUUGGUCACCCAAGCCACACAAAAAUCUAGCAGCUUGCGUGCAAAGGGGUUACCUUCAUUUCUCAGUUAGAGUAUUUUAAGACCCUGAGUAUUGGUCCGUCCCUGGAAAUCAAACUCGUGACCUCCCGCUCUGCAUUCAUGCGCUCUACCGACUGAGCUAAUCCUGCCGUAGUUAACACAUGGAUGUAUUUAAAAGCAAUACAUGUACCAUUUGUGAAUGGACUUCAGCCCUCCACUCUUCCUGCCCAUUAAACCCAUCACCAAUAGAAAUGCAGCAGGCACAAACUGAGGGAGUCAUGAGUGAGUGUGCAAGGUAUCUAUGACAACCCUUUGAGCAGCAACGGAAAAGCACCAUCACACCGAGAACCUUUGUGAACUGUAGUAUUGACAGAUCAAAACACACCAAUGACAUUAUGAGUCUUCAUAACCAAUAACAUAACAGCUUAACUGUCAGUAACUGACAGACAACCAAUAACAUUGCGACUUAAUUGACCAAUCAGGUCAAUAACCAGAGUUUAAUACCAUGAUACAGCUCACUUUGACUCUGAAGAUGACUACCGCGCAGGUUGUUAAAACGUCAGUCACCGUCAACAACAGUCCUUAAUUCACGACUCCAUUAACCCGGAUGAUCAUACUCAACCUACUUAAUAUAGUUUUGUAGAUACUUAACAAGAGUCAUCUAUAGGAGCUGGGAGCAAAACAAACUAAAAUGAAUGCAUGUUAUGAGAAACAUAAAUUGACCUCAAUAAAGGUGCUAUAAAAUUACUGAGGCCUUGCAAAUGCCCUAGGACUGCCCUGCAUAUUAGAGACUGUUCACAGAAACUGUAAACUUCUUCUCUUUAUCUCUCUCUCUAGGAUCCCGUCUGGAAGCCUCUAUAGACCUUUUACGCAAACAGGGGGUUACCUUUUCCAGUUAUUAAUACUACUAAUUUUUUUUCAAACCUGAUUAUGCGCUUUUUUACAUUGUAAGGUCCAGGGAAAAUGUUUAUCCUGCUGCAAUCUAUGCAGGUAUGUCUUAAGGAUGGUUUUGUCUCCAAGAAACAAGUAAACAAGAACUAGAUUUGAUUAAAUUCAUUUUAUUUUCAACUCAGCUUGUUAUUGUGGACGUCCUUGGAACCAAGAGUUAGUGUCCUCAGUAUUGAGAGGCAUAAAUGAACGUUAAAAUUGAGCUGUUGUGAGCUGAGAAAGUGUCUGUGAAACUGUACUACCGUAGAGUUCCGAAAGUAACGACCCUUGUUACUUUCGGAUUUAGCACCCUUCUGCUAUCGCAACUUUUGGAGGCUCGUUUCUUUCGGGGGAUCGUUACUUUCGGAUGGCUAAAACGUGUACUCCACGUGGGCACUUCAAAAAAUAAAAUCGCAAAAAAUGUGAAAGGAAUACUUUUUGAAAAAAGGUAAUGUAUAUCCUGUACUUUAAGAGUGAUGAAUGGGAAUGUCAAAUAAUCAUUAUUAAUAAACCUCGGAUCAGUGUGCCAUUUGUUCGUCAGGUUGUCUAUCAUAUCUAAUAUUUUUAACGAAAAGGGAAAUAUUUUUGAGCUCUCUACUUUCGGAGGGUCAUACGACAUUAUUUUCUGGGGUAUCAUUCGGGAUUCUUUAACACCUGUGACUUUUUAUCGCUACUUUCGGGGGGUCGUAACUUUCGGAACUUUACGGUAAUUAUUGUUAUUUUUCAGGCUGAGUGUGACAAACAGGCAAAUCAAAUAGUGGACCAGUUUUUAAAAAAGAGGCAGUUUAAAGAAAAGGUACCUGAAAUUAUGGAUGAUUUCUUUAUUUAUGAAAAUGAACCAGUAGAGCGUUAAAUUACCUAACACUACAAAAUUAUGCACAAAGUGGUGGUUAGUAGUUUUGACAAAAAAGGAUGACUGAAAAUGCCAACAAGCUUGUGAAGGUGGUUGAUCAAAUGGUGUGGCAUUUUGAGUUCUUUUCUGUUGAAGAAACAAGUUGAUUGACUAAGUAACAGAGGAGGAAAAAAAAUUGAAAUCCACCUGCCCAGUGGGCAAGUAAAUUUCAGUUUCCACUCUUGCCCUCACUUAAAUAAUUAUUACUUACCUGAACGGAACAUCGUGCCUUAUCAUCUCAUGAUGCUACUAAGGCGCUGUCUUACCUGGUUCAUGUUGAGACCUUGUCACAGGAUUCUGUUAAAAUUGGUUUUGAAUGAAUGAAUGAAUGUAGAGUCGUGGAUGAGAGGACAACAGACUUGCCCUCUUUACAAUACAUUUUAACAUGUGAACACUAAACUCGGACGUCAGCAUACAAAGGCGCCACUGGCAGCCGCUCUCAGUCCAUUUGUGAGCUUAAUUUACCCACCCAACCCAUGAUGUGAAUAAUGUGAUGUGUGAAGGUUGGCCACAACACCGGGGUCUACGUCCCCUACUCUUUUCGAACAGUGGUGUGGGUUCUUUUACGUCCCACAUGAACCAGAUAAGUGUAAGUGCUGUGAGACGGGACCUACGGUUUUUCUUCCUUAUCCGAGAAGACUAGAAAGUCUAACCGUUUGCAGAUGUCAAUACAAAGGCAGCACGUUCUUCUCAGUUACUUAAAGACCUUGAGUGUUGGUCCGGUCGAGGUUCGAACCCGUAACCUCCCGCUCAGCAGACCGGCGCUCUCCCAACUGAACCAACUAGGCGGCGGUUUGUGCGAUUUUUAAACGUUUUAUUAUAUCAGCAAAUGGUAAAAGUCUUUAAGCAUUCGUGCAUUUGAAUAAAUUGACAUUUCAAGUAAGUUUCAGACCAAUUCCUGACGAACGCUUGUGACCAACCCCUAUUAAGCGGGCACUUUCCAUUUCUAAGACGGUCGCCGCUUAAUAGGGGUUCGACUGUAUUUGUCCUAGAUAUGUCAUAUAUUUUAAAUACAUGAAAGCUGAAAGUUGCAUUAUCUUGGAGAGAUAUACAAAAUUAACGAAAGUUAUACUCAUAUGAUUGAUUUAUUAUGUAUUUUUUUCUUUGCAGUUUAAAUCAGUACAGAGCAGUCAAACACUGAAAAGCUCUUCUGCACACAUGGAAAGGUGGGCUGUACUGCAUAUAUAGUGCAAAAAAAAAGCUCACUCUGUAUCUAAAAAUAUAUUGCCAACGAGCAGUCUCUCCAAGCCUCGAGGCUGUGAGGCGGCAGUAUAAUAUAGCUGUGCGCGAAAGUUUCAAGGCAGAAUGAAUCUCGAAGCGACGUAACAUACCGUAGUGUAAGGUAACUAUUAUAGAAUGCAUUGUUUUCGAGCGAACACAGGCAUAGUAUAAUGCAUGAGUAAAAUGGACGAGUCCGUUCCAUGACGGUAAGGGCCUGUUUGCAUAGAGGUGGGGGACCCCAGGUAGGUGAGGUAACCCGCUUUGGUGGGGUAAAAACAUAACCCUCCUUCACAUGUAAUCUUACAACCCCACCAUCCCGGGCUGCACUUUCUCAAGAUUAUUGAAUGGUCGCUAAGCACGUAAACAAGAAAAAUGCUGGCAAACCACAUGUUUUGGCGAUUAAUGCUCUUCUACACUCACUUGCAGCUCUUGCUGCAACCUUCAGUGCUAUGGCUUGCGAUUGGUACCUUUGAUAAUGAUGCAAAGCCGCCGCCAAAGUGAGUAUUGCACGAAUUUGAUGUAUCACGAAUCCAACUCCGGCUACGCGGGUUACCCCACCUUGAAACGUUUACAUGGCAAAAUUUGACCCCGGCUGAGAGGGUAACCUGGUCUGGCAGACUGGGCUACCCAACUGGGCGGGUCACCCCACGUAUCAUGUAAACGUGAUCAAAUUAAAAUGAGAGAUUAUAUGGACAGGCGAGUUAUCCCACCUAAGCGGGUUACCUCACCUACCUGAGUUACCCCACCUCUAUGUAAACAGGCCCUAAAUGACGGACAUGUGACUAACCUGCAGCCUUUAUUCUCGUAAUUUACGGUAGUUCAUGACAUUUCUAAGCAAAUUGAACGGCGCGCGCGUAUAGAUAAAAUCUUUGCUCGUUGGCACUUAGCGAUAGCUAUAUCUAGUAUAUGGUAGUUAAUGCGUAUGAGUUAUUCAUUUCAUUUUAUUUUUUGCUAUUUUGCAUGGUAGCAGUAGACAAAGGCAGGAUGAGUGAAACGUUAAUCGAAUCACUUCUAAUCAAGCAAAAAAAAAUCAUGGAAAUCUUCAAAUUUAUGAAUUUUAGUAGAAUCCUGUUAAAUGAAUACUACUUUGCAAAAGUCGUGCCGAAAAGGGUUCAUUUGCUCGCUAACAUAAUAGAUGUUUGUCCACAGACUCAAAAAAUAGAGUCACAGAUAGACUUACCAUAAUGUGGUCUAGGAGUCAAAACUCAAGGUUAUUUUUUAGUCUUGUGAAUGAUGUACAGUUCACCACAGGUCUGUCAGGCCUGGACCCUAAUUUAACUCAGUUGAUUUUGUCAUCUAACAAUUUUUCAGAAGGUCAUGUAUUGGUUUCGGUUGGACUUGUCAACCACACAACCACCAGAGUCCAAUAAUUGGAGGGAAGAGAGAGGUGGUUGCCCUUGCAAUUCUAGUACAUUAACCUUUCAACUAAUUAUUAUUAUUAUUAUUAUUAUUAUUAUUAUUAUUAUUAUUAUUAUUAUUAUUAUUACUUUUUUAUUGAAAGCUUAAGGUAUAAGAAUUGCAAGGGCUACCGCCUCUCUUACGUUGCGCAGACGUAAAUUUUAAAAGUUAUUACAGUGCGACCGGGAAAACCGUUAACACUUGAAAUAUCUCAGGAAUGUUUAUUGUGUUAUCAAUGACCAAUCAUAGCAAAGAUCAGGACAAAUGAACUAGCCACAAAACCACAAACUAAUCAACAUUUUUGCUUGCGGCUUAGUUCUCUCAAGCCUGAUUGGCUUUUUUCUUGCAACGCAAUAACAUUCCAGAAAUAUUUCUGGUGUUCACGUUUUUCCAGGUUUGACUGUAGUAUCACUGUUUGUUUUUAAAGUUUACUUUUUAUGAAACUUGUUUGUAUCCCAUGUUCAAGGAUUGCCUCCUCGGUAGGCACCGUGAGGAGUCUGAGGACAAAAGGAGAAAAAAAGAGUCGUGGAUCACUGUCACUCCUUGUUCUCUCCCCAUUCUCCCAGUCGUUCUCUAAAACAGGACAGUGAGGCCUGUGGAGGAGGCUAAUUCAAGGAGUGAUACAGUGGAACAUCCAUUUAACGAAGGCUCAGGGACUGCCAAAAUUUGUUCAGUUCGCUAUAUCGAGGUUCUUUUUCAUAUAUUUUACUAUUACUGGGGUUAAGGCGAUCGUUCGUCACACGCGAGAACUUCGUUAUAUCGAGGUUCUGCUGUAUAACGGAACCUCGUUAUAGCGAACUAAUUUUGCCAGUCCCUUGGCCCUUCGUUUUAUGGAGGUUCGUUAUAUCGAGGUUCUUUUUUAUAUAUUUUACUAUUGCUGGGGUAAAGAGAAUCGUUCGUUAUACCGAGGACUUCUUUAUAUAGAGGUUCGUUAUAUCGAGGUCUCACUGUAUUUUGUUUUUCAGAUAUGAUCCAAGAGAGCUUGAUGUUGUUUUAAGAGAAGUUGUGAUCAUGAAUUCAAGGGCUGAGAUGUAUUUAAAGUUUAUUGAGAAACGGAUCUCGGUAAGAACCUUUUAUGUAGAAUUUUUUUAAAAAAAUCACCAUUCAUCCCUAGCCCAUUACCCCUCAUGCAGAACUACGUCCCUUUUACAGCUUUUGAUUUCGUUGUGCAAGGGGAAGAGAUCUUUCAAACCAUACCAGAACGAGCAUCAAGGAAAACCAUGCGAAUAUCCUGUUGAUGGAUUUAUGAUUCUUGGAACUGGUAUUAAUGACCACAGAAAUUAAAGAAUUUGUUGGGGACAUAAGUUAGGAAAUUAUUUUCGUUUUGUAUUUUCAGGAUGAUAUGGAGAAUAUUCCAGAAAUGGAAAGAACUGAAGGUAGCUAUUAAACAAUUUAAUGUGUAGGUCCAGAAAAUAUCCAUACCUCCCCCACGGAGGGCAACAGAAAUUCCGAGGGGAGGGGGGUCCAAAAGGAGGCACUUUCCGUAAGGGUGGGGGGUGGCUUCUUGAGGACUUUUUUCCAGGGGCAUCUUAGUUAUUAAAAAUGAGCAGCUGCCCUGAUGAGCAAGAUAUCAGUUUUUUUUGUAAACUAGUGGUUCAAAACAAGAAUUAUUGUUUGCGUUGACGAUCUUUUAUUUACGGUCGGCUGAAUCCUUUUUUCACGCCUUACUUGUAAAACUAUUGUCAUCGGCUCAUGAAUAAAUGAUACAUUGUGGUACUAACCGUAAUGUGGUCCUGACUUCUUGUAACAUGUUUUUAUCUGAAGGGAAGUAAUUGAAGUUAACUGGGUGUUUAGUUUGAAAGUUACUGGUUCUUCUAAAGCCGGUUAGGUAUCAUUCGUGUCAAGUAACGUAUCGCCUCCAUGUUUCUUAGUGACUUACCGUUAAUUAUUAACCAAGAAAGACUUAAUUAAGAUUAUUAGACUCAGUACUGACAUUAAUGAAAGGAUUUUUCUCUCUUUAUCAAAGAAACUAUUAUCUUUCUCAAAGUAGUAUAGUGCAACGGCAAUUUUGACGGAAAAAUUCUUUUCAGGGGGUCUCAAACCAAGUUGGAAAAUAACCAAAAUUCCAGAGGGUGGGGGGUCCAAAGAAAAGAGCCCUAUGUGGGGAGGUAUGGCUAUUUUUUGGAACUACAUAAUAUGUAUUCAAUUUCCUCGUGGAAAAAAAACUAGGUUUGUCAGGAUCCAUUUUCUACAUGAUUGAAUUCUAUUAAGAAUCGCCAGUUCCCGCUAUUUCCCAUGUUUAUUGUCCCUGUACGUUUUAAACAGAAGACCAGUCCUAAGGGGUUUAAGCACAGUUCUGAUAUUUAUCUGUUUAUUCCUUCCCAAGAACUGUUAGGAAUUCAGGACAAAGUUAUAUCCAACUGUGAUCUCAGCAGAAGAAUGCAGGUAAUCAUACUUUCAUUAAGAUAAAAUAAUAAUAACAGUAAUAAAGAUUUUUUUAUUCUUUUAUUGAUAACAAAGCUAACUUCAAAAUCCUAUAUACAAUUACAACUUACAACUUAGUUUAAAGUAACAUUUCAUUUCAAUAAUAAUAAUAAUAAUAAAAAUUUGUUCUAAGGAGCAGGAUGUUGAGAUGAAUAACAUCUCAGAUGUGCGAUCGAGUGAUGUUUGGUAGGGUAUGCAGAAGGAUCUGCUAUCCAGCUCGCUGAAUAUUGUGUGCACAUUCAGCCAUAACAAAUUAAGUGACUCCCUUGACCCUUUUGUGCUUUUUGUUAAGUGGGUUAGCCUUCAUGAGUUUUACGAUUCUUUUCGUAGUAUUUUUGAAAGCUUAUUCUACAUAUGAUUCAGGAUAUCAGCAAUUUUCCCCCUGUUGAAUUCCUGCAGAGCAACAUAGGUUACUUUGAGCUCAUUGGGGCUAAUUUUCUAUGCAUUCAAACGUGACUCUGCAUAUAAUUUAUGUUUUUUAUGUCUUAACAACGGUGUUGCUGCUGGAAAUGUAUAUAAUGGGCGAUGUAUAGAGUUAUGAUCAUUUAAUAUUUAAAAUAAUUGCUCUAGGUCUCAAAAUUCAGCUUUAUAUCAAUGAAUUAUUCUGUUUUCAAAAAGACUAACGGCAUUGCUUUCCUGGGAAAACUCCAAGCAAAGUUAUAAUAAGAGUUUUGAAUUUUGAAUUUUAGAAUUUUCGAGUUCUUACCUUUUUUUCAUUUAAUCGUUUAGUCUAAUUCUAUUUCAGCGGCAAUAGUGAGUAAGAAGUCACUCUUUUGUUGUUUAUUGUUUUUACAUGCCCUACACUAUUAAUAUUAAAAAGCCCUCACGAUUCCUUUUUCGGAGAUUCAAAGUACUUAAGUAGUAGAGGCAAUUUUUGUUUAUGAUAAACAUUUUUUUCCAGGAGUUGAUUGGAAACUAUAUUUUCAUGGAAGAGUAUUUUAUGAGAGAAACUGUUAUGAAGGUGAGCUGUGCAAUGUUUGAUGUAAUAAGAGUUUUUCCCUCAAAUGCGUGGACGCAUUCAUCCCUAGCCUCUUAUGACUAUUUCACCAUAAGGUACCACUGAAUUCUCUAUUCUGCAUCCGGUUGAAGCCCUGCUCAGUUAUUUUUUGCUUAAUUUAAAGGGUAUUUUCAUAUGUUUUUAUUGUUUGUUGUCAGUAACAAGGUUUGCGUUCAUAGAAAACAAACUCGUGAAUGCGACAGAUACAUUCACGGCAGCCGGAAUUUUUCUUGGUUUUAUCAUUUCUAUUAUAUCUCAUCAUACCUUCGCUAUUUUCUACACAAUGUAUCCACGAGUUCCCCGUAGUUUUUACUUUGAUUUUGUUUCUUCUGAUAGGCUGUCAAAAUGGAUGUGUCAGAGGGUGGUGACGAUGAAGCAGUUACUUCCAGUAUGGUGGAUGAUGUGUUUUUUAUUGUACAGAAGGCCGUCAGGUAAGAAAGCACAGUCUUCAAAUCCUGAGUUGAAAAUAUCAGAGUAUCCUAUGGCACAAUACAGUGAAAGUCGAAUCUUCAUGUACUGGACUGUGGUUUGACUUUUAACAGGGCUCUAAUCUGUUUUUUAAAGAUACAGUUCACUGCGCCUAACUUUCCUCUAAGACCAUGUUUAAUAUUGUCUGUAUCAUUGUCUGUAUAAAGUUGACGCUGACAUGUUAAAUUAUUUCCCUAUAAUAGACGUGCUUUGUCCAGCUCUAGUGUUGAUGGAACAUGCGCAAUGUUGAAUCACGCGUGGUAGGUGCCCUCUUAUGUUAUUACUUGUGAUUCUAUGCACUCUAUUCAGGGGCACCCAACGAGGAUAUAGUUCAAAACCACUUAACAUAGCAUUGUUGGACGUACUUUAGUAUUUAAACGGUAGAUAUAGGCAUAUUUUUAUCCCCUAAAAACUUUUCAUCUGUUCGGAUUUCCUAGCUGAAAGUCGAGUGAUCCGAAAAUUAUAGGGAUAAAAACGUAGCUUCUCGAAAAUUUCAGCCAGGAAAAGGCUCCCGAAAAUUCUAGGUGGCCUUUUUUAGGGUCAAAAUCCGUUGAAAAUGGGCAAUUAUACCAUUUUGUAGAUGUUCGAAAAUCCUAGGAGAGGCAGGCAAGCAAGAAAUUUUACAACAAAUGUUCCGAAAAUUCUAGAUCUCAAAUCGUCUUUCGAACAGAUAUUUUCCGAAAACUGCCGCUGGGUGCCCCUGUCUAUUAAGUCUUCUACUAAGUAAUAGUUUCUCGUCGCACCUUUUUUGUUUUGUUUUUGUUGUAUGUAUGUAAUCUCGUUAACUGACAAACUUUAAUUAACUCAAAUAAACUUCUUGGAGUUAAGCUAAUAUCAUUUCUUUUUUUUUUAACUCUUGCUCGCAGCGCUCUUCUCUCAUCUGAUUAUCGUGACGUUUUAACGUCGAGAUUAAAAGCAGGAUUUCCAUCUGGGAGGUACGAACUGUGUUCUUCUAGUUGUGUUUUGUUGUCAGUUUGUUUUAGUUUUUCUUUUUCGUCUGUGCGAGCGCAGGGCGCGAAAACAAGCGCGAACUAUUCUUUCCCCACCAGCACCUCCACUCCCAGCCCCUUGCGCUUCGGGUCAAUAAACCUUCCGCGGUUUUAUAUUCUUACGCGAGCUGGGUGAUCACUGCAAGUAGUGUAGCGUCCGGCUUGGAGAAACCGCUGCUCGCAGGGUAGACGAUCUCUAAAGAGAAAAUAGAGGAACUGUAAACAAGCUAAUCUCGUACCAAAAUAACUUGAGUUUUUAUCUUUCCUUUCUGCUAGUCUUGAUUUAUCUGGAAUGUUGCAAGGCAAGAUUCAAGUUGGUUAUUCCUCAACCGCGGAGAAUGCAGCAGCAAGAAAGGCUUUUCUUGUAAGUUUGUGUUGCCUUCUUGAGGUUUAUUUUGGUUGUAUUCGUUAAAGUGGUGGGAAAAGAAGCGGCGGGAGAUUUUGCUGCGAAACAACAAAAACACCAACAACAACAACCUUUACAUUACGUCCGUUAAAUUUUACGAUGUUAAUGGAAAGAAAAAAAAAUGUUACAUAGAAACGAUAGAUUAUAAUUAAAUGAUGUUUAGGAGCUAAACAAACAAAUGUUUUCGUGCAAGCUCCUAGCUAUAAAAUGAUAUUAACACAGUGGUGACAAGUUUAAUAGCAGCAAAGAAAAAGACAACACCAUUUAAAGACAUAUGAAUAACGCUGUUUUUUGUUGUGUUUUAGGUCACACUAAACAAUCUUGAAGUUAGCAGUGAUAACAUUCAGAAACUGAAGAAAGAUCUUGAGGUAUGGCUAAAACAGAAGAGCGAAUUUUUAUGAUAUUAUUGACUAGACUUAAUACAGAAAACGAUCGGUUAGUGAUGAAAUCUAUACAAUUGUAUUUUCAUAAGUUGUACUACUGUGAACGGUUUGAACUCAGGAGUGAUUUCAUAAGUUGGUUGAGAAUAAUCGUCACUUUGACUCUGAAGAUGACUACCGCAAAGGUUGUCGAAACGUCAGUUACCGUCAACAACAAAAGUCCUAUUCAGGACUGAGAUCACCCGAACGAUCAUACUCAACCUACUUACAUAUUGUACUUAUAUAAUUUUCUCCUAAUUUGUCUCCGCUCAAGGUUGAAUGUGAUAGGAACCUCGCUCUUGGAGAACCGGCAAAGCUUAAGUUAGAGGUAAAUUCAUUUAGUAUUUGCUCUGAAAUAAUCCCACGUAAAUAUAGACUGAAACACUACUUGAGGAAGAGACGUGGCAUGAUAUCUUCACGCCGGCGAUAGCCUGACAAAACAGCCGAGUUGAAGUGAAUUUUUAACCAAUCAGAAGCCCUACCAAGAUCAGAGUAUUCACAUGUCCUCAGUUUGGAAUUUCUGCGUUCGCUCCUCAGGCGUUCUUUCGAGAGAAAGCGUUGAUGUCCUCGUGAAAUGCCGGCUGUUUUCUCAGGCUGCACUGGCGGAAAACUACGUGUGAUUGAAAUUAAAACUCACACAAGAUCAUGCGCGGGCGAGAAGAAGGAGAAGAGACUGGGGAGAGGUUUCGGAGUUACCUUCUCUCGCCAGUACUCCCUGGUCGGUCCGCUGCCUCUCUUCGCUGGUCACAGUCAGAAGGAUUUUUAAAACUAUUUCACGGCCUUUCGCUGAGUUGUGAAAAACCCGCCGGUCAGCUCUUAUCCUGGGUUAACUUUAAACGGAGCAUGUGAGUUGCCAUGGCAACUAACCCUGGAUUUGCACCAGUUGGACCUUCGAACUCGGCCCUGGGGUAGUCUCGGUAUAACUUUUCGGGCCCCCAUUCAGUUUUCAAGUAAUAUAAAGAAUAAAAGCGCGGGUCAUAGCUAACAAGCUAGGCCACAUUUUUGGUUAAUUGCUAGUUUUAUCAUGUUAUCUUCAAAACUAUCGAAACCACGAUCUUGAAUGUAAACAGCUUUCCGGGGAUGGUAAUUAUCGAGACUUCCGAGAAACGGGCCCCUGGUCCUCUCCAUUUUCGUCAAAUUGCUGAUAGAUUCCUAUUUUGUUUUGUCUUCUACAUCCAGAGCUGCCUCGCAGACUUGAUGAACACGUCGAAUAUCUUCAAGGAUUUACUUCAAGUAGGUGCCUUUUUGUCUUACUUUUACCAUGUCAACCAUAAUAAUUUUUGACCCCACACACGUCAGGUUAGAAUUCGGAUUUAUCUCGCUUGCGCUAUUCAUUUCCAGGUAGUUUUGUUUUGUGCCAGCCCGUGCUAACCGGUUAAGUGUCGCGCAUAACAGUACCUUAGGUAACGACGACGACGACGACAACAACAACAACGUCAAAAAACAAUUGGUUUUAUAAGCAACACAACUGCUCUGCACGUGCAUCACGCUUUUCAGUACAUUUCUUUGACGUCCACUGCACGACUACGACAUGAAACCUCCCGAAUGCGACGUUUUAUGGAGGACGUGGACAUACGACGACAGAUUUUCCCUUCUCUAUUUUAACAUGGAUAAUGCCCUUAAGAAUUCAACUCUAGCAAAGGUCGCCAACAUUUGACGAAUUGAGCGGUUCCAAGUAGACGCGAUAAAGUUUGAAAGGACGCAAAUUCCUUUUUUUAGUAAUGUUUUUCACUGUCGUCGUCGUCGUUGCUUAAGGUCCCUAAUUAUGUCAACUUUAACUUGUCUCUUAGUAGUAAUGUUGGAUGAAACCAAGAGGGCAUAAUGUGACAGAUAAGGAAACGCCCAGUCUAGCCUUAUUCACCAAAGUUAUCUUUAGACCAAGUAGACGCUUGAAUUAAUCGCAAGUCGGUUUCCGGAGAGGUCCGCAAACUUUUAUUCAGCGUUGUCAAUAAAGAAUUUCACAGUCUGCAUUUUUGCUUUGAGGCACUUGGACCUGAUAACGUUUCACACAAUCGAUUGAAAUUUGAGGAUAUCCCAGGAAUUAGACUUAAUUACAACCUCUAAAAACAACUAAAUGAAAUUCGUAUAUCCCGGCCAACGCCCUAAGAUUCCCUCUCUGUGUCGUUACUCUCUCCAGUGGCGGACCCAGGGGAGGGGCCCACCCCCCCUUAUUUUUGGACCAAACUGUGGCCGUAAGGGCCGAAAAAAAGACCGCCCCCCCCCCUCCCUUAUCUGUAGGUCUGGAUCCACCACAGCUCUCUUGAUGAAACCAGUGCAGCACUGAACAAUUGACUAGCCUGUUUAUGUGAAUGCCUGGAACAGGCUAGCAAUUGAUCCGUUGAAGACAUUACAAAUGUACACUGGCAAUUCCUUUAAAAUAUGCGUUCAAAGUUAUCAACACAGAUGAUAAAUUUUUCUUAAUAAAUGCAGGAGCUAGGGAUCCCUCAAACCUUUUAUGAAAGAACGUGAGCAGUUCUUUCCGAAUGUGCGCUCAGAGUUUCUAGUACAGGCAAUGUUUUUUUCACUCCGAAGUUUCUCUCCUGUCAUCACAGUAGCACACUACUUCGUGACUAGUUCUUUCCCUGCACAAUCAAGACUAUCUUCAAAAAGCUUCUUUUUUAUUUGUAGGGCGGAGUAUAUCAGCUUUGUUCCACUGCCGUCAUACCAAGACUGAAACCUCUCAUCGACGGCUUCAACUCAACAAGUCACAAUAUAUCUGAGGUAAGUAAUUAAUGGUAUUAAUGAAUUAAAUGGCAAAAUGAUAGUAAAAUAAAACAUGAAAUAAAAAAUAGACGUAAGUGCUGGUCUGUUUUACACGUAAGGAAAGUAAACUGAUGGUCAAAAGAGAGUUGGAAAAUUUAAAACUCAUUUAUGAAAUAAGAAAUCAAGAAGGAUGUACGGUGAUUCACUGGAAAAUUAAAUUUUAUUCAGAGGUCCCCAUUGGAUUCAUACUUUUGACAUUAUGGAAACCAUUCUUACACUCUAGCAAACUCAGCUACUUAGGCAGAAUCAUGCAAGUUUCCCCCUGCGACUCGUCCUGCAAGCGCGGGAAACGCUAAACAAUACAAGAGCCGCGCGUGGGAAAUCAUGCCCUGUGCCAUACAUGUGCCGCGCAGGAACACCAACUACUUACAAGCGCAGAAAACGAGAAGUGUCUAUUUCAGGUAAAGAUUUCAAACAUGAACCAAACGCUGAGUCAUAGGCCGAGCGAUGAGUGCGAAACUUGUAGGAUUUGGGUGAAAGUGACCAAGCCUAUGUGACUACAGACUUUUAAAAAAGUCCUUCGUCCGAUUUAAUAAAGGCGCCGCUUCGCAGCCUAAAGAGCUCGCUCCGCUCGCAUAAAUUAGUGAGGUCGACUUGUGGCACCAGGGUUCUUUCUAGGAUAUUUGAGGGGUAGAAGCUCCCCCCAAAAUAUUGUUAUCAUUACAGUGUAUAAGUAACUAUAUCGGAAAACUCUUCCAGACGCUACGAUGUCAGAGCACAUGAAGUAAGUAUUCCCUGUCUAAGGACACUAUAUGGCAAGGAACAUGGAGUAUUGUAACAUUGUCAGAACGCGAUCACGACUACAAAAUAAAAUAAAAUACCCUUGUUACAUUUCUCAAAAUUGUGUCUCAAAGUACACCAGAUUGCAUAUUCAUUUCAAAAACUUUCCGCGGAGGCAUGCCCCCGGACCAGGGCGGAUAAAGGUCGGGCGGUGAAACGAGCGCUCCGCUCUUCAUUUAAUGUGUGAUGCGGAGUAGGACUGGCACGAGCGCUCUUUCCGCGCUUUCGGUGCGCUUGAAGGCCGGCGAAAUUUUCCUUUUUGCAAACCGGAAAUCCUAAAUUCUUUCUGUAAUUUCAGGCUACAAUGUUAAAUAGAUAAAUUCGUUUCAUAACAGUAUCAAUAAACAAUUUCAUAUGUUUGUGUCUGUUCGUCUAUAAGUCAAGCUUGUCGGUCGUUUAAUGCCAAAAUGUGAGUUUAAUUUGAAAGUGUUGAAUUCCUCCUCCUUCCACUGAAUAUCACCUAAUCGUCUUUCGCCGUUUCGUUUGCAAAAGCUUAACACUUCUUAACCUCAAUUUUUACAUAUGUUUAAGGGGGAUAAAUUUCAUUUAACAUAACAAAAAAUUAGAUUGAUAUAGUGGCAUUGUACUUCUUCAAACUUUGCUUCUCGGGUGCAACCACAGGUGGCCCAAGCGUAAUAUGGGCCUGUGGUGGCGUAAUAUGAGAGUUUGUAUGGGAAAAAUAGAGUUUCAAACUUAGAUGAAAUAAAUGAAGUAAAAGCGAUAAAAGUUAUCAAUAAAGUGUAAAUAUUGUUACCUGGAGUCGUUGUCUUUCUUUUUACGAAGUUUCAGCGCGAUUUGAGUACUUUUACAUCAUCUGACCUGACAGUGUAAUUACAUCAUCUGACCUGACAGUGUAAUAAUUAUUACACUGUCAGGUCAGAUGAUGUAAAAGUACUCAAAUCGCGCUGAAACUUCGUAAAAAGAAAGACAACGACUCCAGGUAACAAUAUUUACACUUUAUUGAUAACUUUUAUCGCUUUUACUUCAUUUAUUUCAUCUAAGUUUGAAACUCUAUUUUUCCCAUACAAACUCUCAUAUUACGCCACCACAGGCCCAUAUUACGCUUGGGCCACCUGUGGUGCAACGCGCCAUGGCGAUUUGCGCAAUGCGUUACAAAUCCGGUAACCGCAUGUAAACAAAAUUUAUUGAGGUUAGUUGUAACGUUUUUUCUCCGUUUUUCUCGCUAAAACAAAACAAGGUAAACAGUAAAAACUGAAGGGAAACUAAUUUUGAAGUUUCGAAGAAACAGAAAGACGUGUGAGGUGUUUUUUUCCAGAUUAAAAAGAAGGAUGAUGGUGAUUGAAAUUAGCAUAAUUUCACCUUGCACGAGCUGCACGCAUUUGUAAAAUACACGUCAUCUAGUUAUGAAACACGAUCUGCUGUCUUUUAGUUUUGCCAUGGAUGACAUGGAUGAGAUUUUCCUUCGUGUUUUAGACAGUACUUAGUUGUUUUUGUUUUGGAAUAACAUCGACAUUGGCUAGUAGGAGAACGAAAAUAUAAUUCAGUGGCAGAGUCAUGGAAGUAAUAAAAGAAACCCUUUGAAAGAGAUGUUUGUCUACUCCAGCUAAACCUCCCGCAAAAAAUAGCAACAUUUGCCCCUCGGAGACGUACCAACACAAAGGAACGAGGAAGAAGUGCAAGAAAACAAGUCAAGCCGCCAUAAUUCAGUGACAGCGGCAGUGUACAUGUCUAAUGUACAACCCACAUCGGAAGCCCUGACCAAAGUCGAAAACAAGCGACAUUUCUAAGCAGAGUCCCAGUCCACUGCAUCACACCUUUUUGCUCGGACGCGCUCGUUUCACCGCCCAACCUUUAUCCGCCCUGCCCCGGACCCUGGUACGAAGCUCAUGGCCCUGGCCACGUGGGACUUCUCCCCUAAACGAUAAAUCCUAGACAGAACCCCGGGCACGUGUAAUAUAAGUAUUUGAACAGUGUGGCCCGGUUGUUGUUGUUAACGUAGCCAAUAGCCCCAGUUUUUUGGCCGCAUUAACGGAGGCAUGUGCUCCUUGAGGUCAGCUUUAGGUUACUUUAUUUCAAAAGUUGUCUUGUUCCGCCCGGAGAAACGCGUAUGUUACAUACGCAGAGCAACAACCGUCUAGUUUAUUGAAAUCUCCGAUGUGUGAUAAAGUUAAUGCGACAUGACUGCUAAUCGGGCUUGACUUAUCUCUCUAGUUUGGGGAAAACUUGAAAUGUUUCCAAAAGAGCAACUGAAGCAAAAUAAUCUAUUUUUUCUUUACUCUUGUAGGAGGAAUUUGCGUUUUAUGAAGUCAAUGAUCCAUUUGUACAGAAUUUCAUCACUAGUCUGGACUCAAUGUUAACUUCUUUUAAGGUGGGUAGUUAGUAGGUAAGGACAUUUCCGCCCCUCCCCCCCCCCGCUCCUAUUUUCCUAUCUUCGUUUUUUGCUCAUUUUCGCCCCAUGCCCUCGCGCGUCCCCUUAUCUCGCUUGGCUAAAUGAAAACGGCGACGGCUGCUGUGCUACGAAGGCUACAGUUAGUAAUAAUUGUAAGCGUUGAAUCGGCAAGGGAUAGGUCACUUUUAGAUCAAGUAAACAAUGUCAGUAUGGUCUUCCAAAAACUUAUAAAAAUCGUGCAUGACUUUUUUACAGGGUCCGCUGACCCCUACCAACUACGACUCCCUUGUUAGUAUGGCAACCACAGAAAUAACCAAUCAGCUAGAGGCUUCGGUCAUGAAAGCGUCAUUUAACAGAGUAAGUUGUCAGAUCAACUUUGUCAGUUAUAUACCCCAUAAUUUAUUAUGUUCUAACAACUUGUUUAAAACUUCUUCCUCGGAUUAGCACCCCAGGAGUAGUACAGCAAAAGGAAAAUGAGGAAAUUACCUAGUUCUGCGACGAGUUAAAACUGUGAUUUUAUUACUAAACAUUUUUUUCUGAUGUGAGUUGGGGAUUAUAGCCUGUCCGGUUCACCCACUUCGUAGAUCUUUGACCCAUCCGAAAGAAGGCAGGUGGGAAGGAAAGGAAGUGGAAACUUGGAAAAGGAUCAUGAGACGAGGAAAAUCGCUACGCUGUACAAAGAUUCAGGAUAUAAUCCCCAACUCACAUCACAUGAUCAGCAAAACAUGUUAAGUAAUAAAAUCACGGUUAACAAAAUAAACCUUGUUCUCAGAAAAUUGAGAAAAACGUAAAAUGAGGUUUAAUUAAGCUCUUACAAGUGCUUUGUUUUAUGAUGCAAAAUUGAAGCCAACAAAUAUUUGUUAGCAACUCUACGCCGAAGACAACUUUAGUCUGCAUUUACCUGAAUAACUUUUGAAUACGUUUUGGUUUGAAUGCAAAAUUUUAUCUGCAACGAGAGGCCGUUAAACAGUACUGAUUUGCGUAGUGAAUUUUCGAUUGAUUUAACUUGUGUCUCACUGCAUAGGUAGCUUAUCAGACGUUUGUUUUGAUAUCCACUCUUAUUUUCUUGAUAUUAGUUAGGUGGUCUUCAGUUCGACAAGGAACUCCGUUCAUUGGUUGGCUACUUGACAGCUGUCACUCAGUGGACAAUAAGGGACAAGUUUGCCAGACUAACACAGAUUGCAACUAUUCUCAAUCUAGAAAAGGUAAGGGCUUUUACCGUUCCUCAAUUUUCUCUGUAGCCAUUUAACGUACGAAAAAACAGGGAAAACAAUUUUAAAUUUUGUGAAGCGCGGUUUGCUCUGCAAGCGAGGGAAAUCUUGGAGCCAGGGUCAAGUAACGGUGAAAAGCGCAGAAACACGUAACCAGUCAAGCAAUGGUCACUUACCGGUGAAAAUCGCAAGAAAGCAUGUAACCAGUCAAGCAAUGCUGAAAAGAGCGGGUAAACUUGGAACGGUACAAGCGUUGGUAAAAAGCGCGGGAAAACAUGCAACCAGUAAAGCAAGGGUGAAAAGCGUGGGUAAACUUGUAGCCAGUUAACCAAUUGUGAAAAUCGCUGGAAAACAUGUAAUCGGAUAAACCAUGGUGAAAUGCGCAGGAAAACAUGUAACCAGUCAGGCAACGAUGAAAAGCGCGGGAAAACUUGCAACCGGAUAAAGGAUGGCGAAAAACGCAUAACUUGUAAGCGAUCAAGCAAUGGUGAGAAGUGCGGGAAAACAAGUAGCCAGUCAAGCAAUGGUGAAAAGCGCGGGAAAACACCGACAUGUAACAGUCGGUCGGCAUUAUAUUCUACCCACCAAAACCACAUCGAUCGAGAGGGACUGAGAUUGAAUUUUGGACACCUUGUGACUUGUUAUACCAAAGAAAGAUGCCUACGAUGUUUUGAUGUAUUCGCCUCUCGUGGAUUCGCGUUUCUUUUGCUUUGAGCUUUAUUAUAUUUAGGAGAUAGCGUUCUCACCAACAAAGGAUGAAUAUAACGAGUAUAUCUGUAUUUUGGCAAAUAUUGUACAUGAAGUUUUAAAACAUGUUUCAGAUAUUUCAUGAGGCUACGUGAUACACAUCUAGCCCCGAACACUGUUGGUGGUUUUGGUGGAUGUUGAAGUCUACAUCCACCAAAACCACUCGACCUGUCCAGACCGCACAUAUGAGCCCUUACCUAUAACCAUUCUUAAAUCUCCAAAGAAGCAAGGGUUUUAAUUUUUUUUAGGCGCAUAGAUACGCUUCUGCAAAGUACUGACGGACUUUUUAAGACCAUACUCAUAAAGCAUAAUUAUUAUUGACACAAUGAAAAUUUUAAUCAUGGUUUUUAUAUAAGUUGUUAUUGUUUACACAUACAAAAUAUUUUAUUUCUUUACUUUUAUUAUUAUUAUUCUUAUUAUUAUUAUAAAUAUUAUUAUUAUCAUUAUUAUUAUUAUUAUUCAAGUUAUUUUUAAUGUGCACUUGUGAGCAGCACACUUACACUUCCAGUGAACAUUUUCACUUGGAAGAACUUAGGAGAAACCAUGGGCGCGAUCCAUUCAACCAAAAUUCCAACCGGUCCGACCGGGAAAACUUUUCCGGUUGGACCGAACCGAUCCAUUGAGUUUUGGACCGAAAUUUUCGGAAAUUUUGGUUGAAUGGAUCGCGCCCCUUGCUCGUCCGGGGCAACGAAAAUUUUCGUGUCCCGGGCGAGAAUCGAACUCGCGACCUUCCAAAUCCCAUCAUUCCCGGGAAACAAACAGGAAGAUCAUGGCGGGAAUUUUAAGUUACGAACCCACAUUCGAUAGGAAAAUCUUGCUGAGAAUUUUGGAUAUGUUUCUUCCGUCCAAGAGGUUUAUAAACUCAUCGCAGAGUUUGAAACGAGAUCGACGAUCAAGUUUUCCUGCUUCAAAGUGGACAAAGAUUUUGGGAACAUUGGUGUGUAUCUAAGAUUCAUCUAUUACUGCGCUUUUCACAAACUUGCGAAUUCUGAAGUUCAAAAGCCAACUGACGAUUGCGUUUUUCGCUGCCGUCAAUUAUCUUAACGGACCUCUUAGGAAACAAAACUUUACUUUAACGGGUUCUAAAGGUCAACGUUUGUGAUUUGUGAUUGGUGGAUUUCGAUCCGUUCUGUGUGUUUCUGUGUUUCUGUGUUUCAAGGCUCGUUGCUUGUGAUUGUAAUUAUAAUUGGGGGCAGCGAAAAUCGCCAUUGUGAAUGUACAUUUAAAAAUAAGUCUUACAAAUUUAGAAUUUUGGAAAAAAAUCAUAAAUAAUUUUGGAAGUCAAUAUAGUCGAUAAAAUCCAUGCCGGAAAGAAUCCUCUUCUUGCGGGGUGGGGCGGGGGGGGGGGGAAUAUAAAGCUAGCUGCAAUUUACACCUAGCUUCCCUGGUUCCAGAGGUUGUUCUUGAUUUUUCUCCGCGUGAGAAAGAACGAGCACUUACCAGCGAGCUUGGCGAUUCGUUCUCGCCGCUUUGCUCAUUUCCAACAUCUUCCUAACAUCUCAGUCAUUAUGCAUGAAACUGUACCCCCCUGAUAUAUUUCCUGCAUCCCCACAACUGUGAAAUGGACGCAGCCUUUCUCGAGCCUUUCUCUUUUUUUCAGCUCCCAGUAUAGAAGUGUAUUAUACACUCUGCUGGUAUAGUAGAAUUCCGACUUCACUAACGCUAGAGCCCUGGUGGUUCAGUGGUUAGAACCUCCGAUCUAGUGUUCGGAUGUUCGGUUGUUCGUGCAUAUCAUCCCUGAUCCGUACAUUUUCCGAGAUUCUUCGGUUACGACUUUUAAGUUAUUCAAAAUUCAAUCUCAGUCCCUCUCGAUCGAUGUGGUUUUGUUGGGUAGAAUAUAAUGCCGACCUAACCAGUCAAGCAAUAGUAAAAAGCGCGGGAAAACAUGUAACCAGUCAACCGGUCAAGCGGUGCUAAGUGAGGGAAAACGCCUUCUGUAAAUGGUCAUAAGCGCGGGAAAACAUACUGAAUGGUAUCAAAAAUGGGAAAAUAUGUAAUUGGUACCCUCUUGCCAUGCGCGAAAAAAAAAAUGGUAGUUAAUGUUUACAUGCGUGGAAAAACAAUCCUGUGACUGGUUUCACUGCAAUCUCGUCCCCAGAGCCUCCGUUACUAGCGAUCCCCGUCGCUGUGCAUAAGGAUCGCGGCCUCUGGGAACGAGAUUGGGUUGGUGAAUGGUGCCAAUGUAACUGCUGUCAUGCGUAGUUGGGGAAAUGUAACUUGCAAGAAGUGCGGAGAGCGUAAGAUUGGUGCGUAAAUGGUAUCGAGGGCGGGAAUACGUCACCUGUGGCAGGGGCUGGAAGGCACCUCUUUUGAUAUCCAUUUUAUUGUAUUUAUAGGUCGGGGAGAUAAUGGACUAUUGGGGGGCUAACUCAGGUCCAAUGACGUGGCGACUAACUCCAGCUGAAGUCAGACAAGUCUUGUCGUUGAGGUGAAGUACAAUGAUUUAAUCUUUUUUGUUACUUUAUAGUUUUUACCACUUUAACCCUGUACGAAGCAACGAGAGAGUACUGCGCAGGAGCAGAGCCUUUCCCUUAGUAAAAUCCCUGGGGACGAGGUUGGCGGAGUAGCUUUUAUUCCACUGGUCAGUGCAAGGAUUUCACCUAUUAGCGUCGACUGAACCAUCUACAGUAGUAUCAUGAAAUUAUGACUUCCGCUGUGAAUCUGGCUCCAGUAAUAAGUCUCAAGUGAUUCUUUCAAUGCUGAUCUAUUCCUAGGAAAUUAGUGUGUUUCUUGAUAUAAUCAGCAUAUUGCACAUUCAAACUUUGUUACCUUGUGGUUUGUCUGUUUUAAUACUGUUUGAGAGAGUACUAUAUACUUCCCGCGUCGAUCAAAAGAGUUGUGUGUAAUUUAUCCGAAAAUCCACGAAUACAUUGGAACCCCGUUAAUACGGUCACCAAUGGGCCAUAAAAAGUGACCGUAUUAACAGGGUGUACACAUGAAAGUUUGAUUCGCACAUUCAAUCGAAACAGACAACUAAACAGCAUUGCCGGCAAGAAAGUACUAAAAAGCAUUUUAAUGAGAUGAAAAAUCAAGCCUUAAAAUAAGUGAAAAUGUUUAGAAACAAGGUUAUGUUGUCAUGGCAAGUAAGAACUUCAUUUGGAACUUUUUCCCGCCAAAUUUAUUGUCUUCUCACGUGGUGUGAUACCUUACUUCCAGAAGGAAGAAAAUUCCUGCUUAUGUUCUCUCUUUUUCCCACAGAGUCGAUUUCAGAAGUGAAGACAUCAAUCGCCUAAAACUCUAGCGGAGAAGAAUCAUUGUCAUAUAUAAUAAUGAAAACACCAAAUAUUUUAAAAAGACGUAGAAAAUUGAACUGUAAAUAGUAAUAGAGUAUUAAGAAGUAGUUAAAUUAUUGGUAAUAAACAAUGCAAAAGAGGAC